AUGGACAACCAAUCAGCAGUUCAGACUGGAAAAGUUUGGGACAUUAUCCGUGACGUUCAAUCGGGUCGUAAAGGAUCUGUGCUGGCACAUAACCAGCCGAACUUUGAGAAUGUCGAUUCGAGUUCUGGCACAGCAAGGAAACAUUCAAGCCAACUUUCGGUACCUCCGGGCUCUGGAGGACCACCGUCGCUGCCCAGUACUGUAUAUGAUAGGGGUGACAGCGAGAGCCUGCAAGACGCUAUCCAGUUCGCACAGCACUUACCUUCAACUUCGCACCCAGCAGACAUUGCGCAAACGGGGACAUGGCAGGCCCCUGACAGCCAGGACAUGGCUAGCAAACUUCGCGCCGCCAUGGUUCAAUCCUAUAGGGGUAAAAGUGAGGGCAAAACGUUUCUACCACGAAAUGCACUACAAAAGAUUGUAACCAAAGAAGCAGUACAGCAGGAGCUCGAGAGGAAAGGUAUUGAUAAUCCUUCGUGGCCGGCUCAGAUAUGCAACAUCAUAACAUACCGGGAUGAUAAUGAACGAAAGAGAAAUACCUCCCGUCGGAAAAUAUUUGCGACACUGGUCAUGAUAAAAGAAGUCCAGCUAGUCAACGACUUUCUCACACAGGGCAUAUGGGACUCUCAUUUGCCACUCAAGGUUUGCAAGGACGAAGGCAAAGAAAACACCCUCUGUCCGCGCAAUAACAAAUCAAAGCCAGCACUUUCAAACGAGAACGAUAUUUUAAGGUGGUCAUUCAAUGAUGUUGGGUUAUUCGAAAGCCACCAAUGGUUUGUCACCGUCCCGUAUUUCACAAAAGUAACCGAACCGAUGGACAAGGUUCAUUUCUACCCUCUAAGCAGUAACGAUAUCUUGCCUUUCAUCGAAUGCUUAGAGACAUUAGAAGACGAAAAGGAACGCCGCUCUUUUCUGUUCGGACACAAUGCUACUGUAGAUCGCAUAAAAAUUCACCCCGAUCACCACAACUUUGAUGUUCGAAUAGGGAAUUCUGGAGCCGAUUUUGCUGUAAAACGUCUUGUGGACAAUGGCAACAGUAAGCAAGCGUUCGAUCGCGAGGUUGAUGCCUUGAAGAGAUUUAGUCAGAGAAAAGAGAGAUAUAUCAUCAAUCUUCUGGCAACGUAUGCGGUUGAUGGACAGUACCAUCUUCUCUUUCCCAUAGCUGAUGGAAACCUUCGAACCUUCUGGAAACAAAGUCCGGGUUCCGAAAUUAUUCCCGGAGCCGCCCUUUGGCUUGCACAGGAAUGUCAAGGUAUCGCUGCUGCAUUGGCCAAGAUUCACAAUCUCACAGCAAGUAUGCGAGCCGAUUUGGAACUUCAUAGUUCUCACUAUCGCGCUUAUGGUAUUCAUGGAGACAUCAAACCGGAGAAUGUUUUGUGGUUCAAAAACAUGCCAAGCCACCUCGUCGAGACUGGAGUAGAGGAGGGCAAUAAAUCAAUCGGAUUUCUCCAGAUAUCGGACUUCGGAACCGUCAAUUUCCACGGGACAAAUACAGCUACAUAUAACCAAAUUCCGGUCAUCCACACGACCUAUGCCGCCCCAGAAUCCGACAGUGGCCGAAACUCUCUGGGCUCUGCUGCAAUUGAUGUCUGGGCCUUGGGGUGUGUGUAUCUUGAAUUCAUUACUUGGUACCUCAAAGGAUCCAGAAGUACGGAGGACGAUUUUACUGAAAUUCGUGUCCGUGAGGAGCAGGAGAUGGAUGCUGAGAACGAGGGUGUCGCGCAAGACAAAUUCUUCAUAAAGCGGAAAACAUGGGUCACCGGAAAAGAGUAUCACAUCAUCAAACCAGAUAUCCUAGAGUGGAUCGCUGGCCUUCACAAUGACCCACGCUGUUCACCUUUCAUUCAUGAUUUUCUAGAUUUUAUUAUGAGCGAGAUGUUGGUCAUACCCAGAGAAGAUAGGUGUAAAUCGGGUCGUGUAUCCGGGAGGCUACGUGAGUUGCUGGUAGCGUGCGAGAACAGCAAAGAUUAUUGCGAGAUAGGGAGACCACGCACUUUGGCAGCCUUGAAAUCUAAAUGGCUGACAUUAAAGGGAGAAAUUCGCUAUAUGGGACGCUUUAUCAACUCUCAUGGCUUAAUGUCGGUCUUCGUAGUUUUGGUGGUUUUCCUAGCUUUGAGCUUCCGGCCGCUGGUCAAGACCAUGCUCGCGCCACAGACAUUGUGGGAUCUAGCUUACGGUCACGUCUAA